AUGUUUUUCUUCCUUCUAAUUUUGGUUCCUGUUGCUAUUUCCGGGCAAGAAACUAUUGCUCCAACUGUUCUUGAUCAGCAAUGUGUUGAGGAUUUCAAUGAAAUGCUUGGGUGCGUAAAGAACAGAACUGUGUUCAGCAGAAUUGACGAUCUCGGUUUGAAUGAAGAGUGGAUGGAUCGGAACCUUGCUGCAGAAAUCGGAAAGGUUAUAUCUUGUUCUAGAUUGCCAAAAUGUUCGAGCGCUCAGAUAUUUUAUAUAUUCUUACAACAAGUAGAAUGGGCGAUUGGUUUUUACUACAGAGAACUGGAAUCUUGUUUGGGAAAUGGAACUCUCAAAGAGAUCAAAAGAAUCUGUAACUCUAUUCCGAGACCUCCAUCAGAUGAAGUUGAUUUGAGUCCUUGUCAAGGAUUCUUUGAUCCAUGUUUAUCCGAAGAGCUAGUGAAACAGAAAACGUGCACGGAUGCACAUCUUCCGAAUUUCCAAGCGCUCAGUUCUGCAUUGUACACAGAUUGUAAAGCCCUAUAUCAAAACGCAGCCGAUUGGAAACAAUAUUCUAUUUAUUGGUACAGAUCUUCCUGA